AUGCUCUGUCCACGUAUUGUCAAUUACGCUUCGAGGUGGCCCCCGCAAGAAAAGAAGUUGCUCGCUGGUGGCUGUAUGCGCACCAUCACCACGGAAGCAAACCCCGUUUCAGUGCCAUUCAGCCCUCUAAGUGGGCGAUCGAUACCCGACUCCACCAUAUCCGGCUCGUGCCAACAAACGAGAUCAGUGAACUUUGGAAUCUCUGCCGCUUGGUAUGAGAGACGGCGAACAAGGAUCUUUGUUCAUCCCCAGAGGAAGUUUGUUGUUCAAGGAUAUAGCGUUGAGCUCGUUCCCUGGGGAGCUGGUGAAGGCCGCCGCCACGCAAAAAUUGUUAAGACUUAUACGAAGCUUCAUCCUAAGCAGCUUCGUUACUACCUCAGCCAUUUCGCGAACUGGAAGAAAUCCGUUACCAUCAAUUCAAUAUCCAACGUACAGGAUGAUUUCGGCCUUGAUUCCGAGUCUUUCUCUAUUUCACUGAGCAAAGUUCUCGAGGAACGAAAGAUUGCCAAGCAUAUGCAGUCAUGGGAGGACAUGCCGCAGUUUGGGAUUGUGGAUGAGGAUUUACCGAGCGAGUUAGACACUGCUGAAUGGUGUGAAGACGCCUGGCCGGAUGGACUAGUACCGCUAAGUCUAGAUCGCAUCGCUACAUUACCACGCGAUUCGCUAUCAUGCGUUGCCCGAGAAGACGAUGGCACGGAGGAGUUUAGUCCCUUUUAGGGCUACGGCAGACACCAUCGGUGCCGCCGAUGCAAGAAGACUAUUGUCGAGUUGUAAAUAGCACCUACCCCUUAUUAUCGUUUUACGCAGAACUCCCCAUUUGCACCAGAGGAGUUCAGGAUUAGGUAAUUGCCGUUCAGCCAAUCCAGAGGGUAGCUGGAAGACUAGGUAGUCAUUAUUAGGGUAUUUUAAGUACACUAUUCUUGAACUGCCACAAGGUUCUAAUAAUAGAGGUGAUUGUUACCAUACAGUAGCUGUGCAUAGUGCGACACGUCUUCUCUUCUAGUCUACCUGGUAUACCAUAAAGGGUGUUAUGUAUUUUUUGACCUUUCCUUUUCUCAUUGCGAAGACCUAUGUACUGUCGCAAGGUCAGCAUCCGAGGUUGUGAAGAUUAGGCCUACGCGGAUUAUACGCGUGGUGUAAUAUUUUAGAGUAGCAAUCGCAUAAUAUGCCUU